GGCCGCAGCGGCCCGCGGACGCGGAGCUGACCCGCACGGCCAUGGCUCACGGCAGCCCCGGCCCGCACGGACGGAACCGGCAGUAAAAAUCAGGAGCAACUCCUCUGAAGCAGACACAGUCCCACUGCUGUUCAAAUGGGUUAUGGGCUGAGCUCCCAGAGAGGUUUUGGUGUGUGCCACAGGCAGAUGCACUGAUGUCUGCCCUUUGCCAAAACCUGACCCACCUGAGGUUGGCAGAUGCACAGCUGUUAGUGUGAAUCCCCAGUAAAAGAAUGAGUGAGAGAGACAUCCAAAGCCUGAGCAAAUGGGUUUUCGUGCUCAGUCUCUGCCUUACCACGCUGUGGGGAAGAAUGACACUGGCCUCCACCCAUCACAGAAGCCAUUCAGUGCAUGUGGAGCCUGGGACAUGUGAAGUCAUCGCAGCUCAUCGCUGCUGCAACAAGAACAAGAUCGAGGAGCGCUCACAGACAGUGAAAUGCUCCUGCUUCCCAGGCCAGGUGGCAGGGACAACAAGGGCAGCUCCCUCCUGUGUGGAUGCCUCCAUCGUGCUGCAGAAGUGGUGGUGCCAGAUGGAGCCGUGUCUGGAUGGGGAGGAGUGCAAAGUGCUGCCUGACCUCUCAGGCUGGAGCUGCAGUAGUGGCAACAAAGUGAAGACAACCAAGGUCACUCGGUAGCCUUUGGGCCACCCUCUGUGCAGCUUGGCACAGGUCCCUGGUACUCUGUGGAGCUGUGAGCAGCAGGAUGUGGCUCUCCUGGGUGAUGCCUGUGGAGGUGGGAUGCUCCAAGGCUGCUCUCGUGUGCCUGUCAGUGGGACUGGGACAGGUACCACAUCAGAGUAUGUGCUGAGCCUUGGCUGCAAGACUCCUGUCACCCCACAGUCCCUUCCUGCCCCAUGGACACACUCACUGACCAAGAAAUGGGCUUUGUUUUCCCAUCCUCUUCGAUAAAAUACUCCAAUCAAAUAAGAGCUCUUGACAAUACAGAGACAGACAGUGGUCCCCCAAAAUGGGUUUUGUUCUGAAACAGCUGAAAUCUGAGUGCUGGGGUAUUCUGGAGCUGCUGGGAAUUGCCUUUCCCCAUCUCCCAAGAUGCUGGAUGGGGAUAGCCAUCAGGAUCUGGGCAGUCAAUGGUGGUGUGGAAGCCUCUCCUGUUUGUCUCAUGGCUCCCAGGAGCAGGAUCUGAGCUCCAGCCUGAUCUCAUGUCACCCAAGGGCUGGGAGGCUGCUCCAACCUCCCCCAGAGCAUUGUGCUUUCCCUGCCCUGGGAUGUGGCUGCUGUGGCAGAUACAGUGGUGUGGUCAGGAGUGUCUGACACCCCAUCAGCCCCAGAGAUAGUGACACAUCUCCAUGGAGCAUGCUGUUGGUUUCUUCUUCCUUGGUGACUGCAUUAACCAGGCUGUGAGGUUUUUCUCUGCCAUCCAAGCCCUGGCCACCAACUUACUGCUUGUGUUUGCAGUUGAAGUGCAGCUCCCUGGGGGAAGCUCCCUCUGCCCAUGGGUCUGGUGUGUCUGACCAUGCAGAUGCCCAACCCCAGGCCCAGCCCAAGCCAGGUUUUGGUGCAUGAAUACCAAAAUAAAGCAAAAUGUACCAUCUCCUGGCCCUGAGCUUGUGCCCUUCUCCAGGACACUCUGCUUCCCCCAGUGUGGCAGCUCAAGGGGGAGAGGAUGGGAGCCCCAAAGGUCCCGAUGUGGGCAGGGCUGGGGACACAGGCACAAGAGCAUCACUGUGGGAAGUGGGGCCAACACCUCCCCAGGCACCACAGCCCCACUUCUUGAGCCAUGUGGGGGGAUUUGCCAACCCUAGAGGAGCUGGGGGCUGGUGCCAGUGUGGGGCCAGCAGCCCAGGGAUGCUGCUGUGCCUCCAGCCACCCACCUCUCUGCUCUGGCUGCUGCCAAUGGGACUCCUUAUCUCGACCUUUUUGUAAUGGGGUAUGUAAUACCUGCUCUAGGUGUGAUGUAAAUACCAG